CGUUUUUAGACAACAUUCACUUGUUUCAUGUCCUUUACAGUUCAGAUUUUCAAAUUGGCGUUUGUCCUUUCAGUGUAAAGUCAGACCUAUUUGUUUGCCACACAGCUUUGAUCCGUUCUAGUGUCUAAGAGAAAGUGUUCGAUUUUCAGAUUUUAAUCGGAGAUGGCAGCUAUACUGAAGUUAGUGAGUAACGACGGCGAGGUAUUCGACGUGGAGGUCAAGGUCGCCUGCCAAUCAAAAGUACUCAAGGCCAUGUUACAGGACACGGGCGAUAUCGCCGAUGACGAUGAGCCUGUGCCGUUGCCCCCUGUAAAUGGCGCGACUUUGCGAAAGGUGAUAGAAUGGUGCACGCACUACCAGAACGAAAAUUUAGUGGAAGGGGAAGAUCUCCUAGACGAGAAUGAAAGAAUUAACAUUGAUAGCUGGGAUGAAGAAUUUUUGAAAGUAGACCAAGGAAUCCUCGUUGAGCUCAUGAAUGCGGCGAAUUACUUGGACAUAAAGGGACUUUUGGAUGCCGCUUGCAAGACUGUCGCUAAUAUGAUCAAAGGCAAGACUACCGAGGAGAUCCGGAAGACAUUCAACAUGGUGGGCGACUUCUCUUCCGACGAAGAGGAGGAGAUCCGCAAGGAGAACGCAUGGUUGCAAGACAAAUAGCUACUAUGAUCAAAGGCAAGACUACCGAGGAGAUCCGGAAGACAUUCAACAUGGUGGGCGACUUCUCUUCCGACGAAGAGGAGGAGAUCUGCAAGGAGAAGGCAUGGUUGCAAGACAAAUAGGCAUGCAGCCCUCGUUCCUGACACGAGUUUUCGACGUCCUGUCAGACAAGCGGAAGUGAAUGGGCUCUUUUCCAGUAGGAUGGCCUGUUUCCGGUCAGAGAUUUCUUUUGUUGGAUGUACUCCGCAAACAUAUGUCAGCAAACAUGGUCAUCGAUCAGUGGACAAUGUGCUCAUUACGCUCGAGUAGCGCUUUUGGUAGGGGCAUGUGCUGAAAGGCUUGUAUUUGGUUGUUGUAUCGUGGAGUCCAGUGUCUGAUGUCAUCUCUUCCAAGUGUACGUUUGGGUAUGGCGUGAUGUGUGACGUUUAUGGUGUGUGGUGCAUGCAACAGUACGCGUUGUCCGAGCGUGAGAAUCUGCUUCCGUCUUGUGUUAGAUUGACUGUCAAGUGAAUGCUGUACAUGCUCAGUGCUAGUUUGAACUGGUAGUGAGAAUCAUGUGUGAUUUGUUCGUGGCCUGGUUGUCUUGGUCUAGGUCAUGUGUUCUGUACGUAUUGCUCCUUGAUUGGUCGUCUAGAUUAUAAGGCUCUAUAUUACUGCUUGUUCUUUGUUGUUUCUUCGUGUCUUUUUCCGUUGGCUUUUCAUCAAGUCUUGUUUUCGUCUUUCUCCUCCUGCUCUCUUUCCGUUUGCAUGAGAAGUCAGAAACUAUA